CGGCUCCGGCUCCGCCCGCCUCUCCCCUUCGGGCUCCGUCCCGCCGCUUUCCCGGGGGUGCGGGUCACCCCUCGGGGAAUGGCCCCUGGCUCUCCGGGCUGCAGACGCGGCGGCAGCGGGGACCCCGGGCAGCGCCCUGGGACGGACGGACCCGCCCGGGAGGAGCGGGCUGUGCCUCUGCGGCCUGACCCCGGGGAGCGGCAGCGCUUUGGGCUCUUCUUGGGGUUGGGUUUGGGCACAGCCAGAGCGGGUGUGUGUGCCAGGAGCUCCUCAGCGAGCUGCUCCUGGAAGUGCUGUCCUUACAGCGACUGAACGGCAUCAGCUGCGGCUGGAGUCACUCCGGACAGCAAUACCCCAUGGCACUGAAACAACCAGAGAAGAGCCCACUUUCCUCCCAGAUUCUGGGUCUCAGUGACCUUCCAAGAGCUCCUCAUGAAGUGCCACUGCCUGGGUGCCACAGGAAGAGGAUCAAAGAGACUGAUUCAGCCUAUGUCAGGCUGGCAAAGCAAGGAGGCCGACCUGACCUGCUGAGGCACUACACUCCUGUGGUAAUGAAGUCCCCUCCAGCAGCAUAUGCUGCCCCUGACUGGUUCACACACUGUGCCAGUCCUGCAGGGAUUGAGAAGCCACGGAGCUGUGUUUCCUCUCUACCAGAUUUUAUGGUUCACAGAGAGUUUGUGGCUGGUGACCGUCAUGGUAAGAGUUAUGAGAGAAGAAGAGGGCCUUUUGAGUUUGAUACAAAAAAUGUUUGGCAGCGGGAUGCCGAGGACAAAGAAAAUGCAGAGAAAAAGAAGAUUUCUCUAACACAGGUAAAGCUUCCACCUAUAAGCCCUAAAUAUCCAAGCAGAAUGCCAACUGUUUCCACAAAGGAAUUUAGUGGAGAAAAUAAGCUUUCCUUGCCACCCAUGCCUGCUCAGAGAAAAAUUGAAGCAGUAAAUUUUAGCAAAUUAAUAAGUAAUGGUUAUGGGACUGACUGGUUGCAGCAGUGUACUGGAUGGGAAAAAAAGAUUGACGAAACAUCAGAAAAUAGUGAUGACUCUGAAGAUUCAGAACACUCUGAAUCACCAUCUGCAAGCAAUGAGUUAAAAGCCACCGUUUCAGGGAUGUAAUAAGUAACUUGAAAGAUUCUUGGGGAAAUUAAAGCUUUGUAUUGCUUAUAUAGCCCACUAUUUACACAUUGACUAGAUUAUUUUUGUAACUUAACGCAUCCCUGAUUAAAAUGUUUGUGAGAUGGAUGAACCUCCUUGGGCUUGAUUGCAGCAAAUUUUGAAGAACCGAAGACAGCUGUCAGUGCUUAGUCCUAGACCUUUUCUUAAUGUAAUAAACAAAGCUAAGCUGAGGUUUUCUCCUGCACAAGACACCUGCUGCUUUGCUGUUCUCAAACAGGAUUACCAUAUUGCUGCUGACUUGACUAGACACAGGCAUGCUAUUGAUGUGCACAAAUCAACAAGUUUUUUUAGUUAAGUACAGCUGUAUUCAUGAAUUAUGCCAUAAAGAAAGGUGAAGGGGAACUGUAUGGUAUGGGAUGAAAUGUAGCUAGAAAGCAUUGAACUGGAAUGGAUACUUGCAGUAAAAAAAGUCAAACCUUCACUGGAAAGAGUGCUUUUUCAUCCCAAAAGCUCAUUUACUUUGAACAGUCACUCAGCUUUUUAGGACAGUUCUAUUGCUGUGCCUGCUGCACAAGAGCCAGUUGAUCAGUCAUAGUGUUCAGCCACAUAAUUAAAGAUCUGGUGGCGUUUCCUGGUAUAGUCUCAUUGUAUAGAAGCUGAAUCAUGGAUUAACAGUUCUAUGGACUCAGCUAUCUAUGAUGUUAGCACUUUCAGCUGUUAAAUAAAAAAAUUAUCUAUCCUGAAGUCUUGACUGCAGCAAAAAUAUUGUAUGCUAGAUCACUGUGUUUAUUCUCACCAGCAGAAGUUUGUACUUUGAAAUAGCAAUGUAUAAAUGUUGUACUUUAUUACUUUGAAAAAGUUAAGAUACACUGAUAUUUCAACACUUGCUAUUUUGUCUACUUGAAUUAGGAUAUAAUCUUAUUAAUAAUGAAAUAUUGAUUAUAAAGUCCACUAGAAAGUGGGUGCAAUUUCAUUACUGCACUUUUUACUAAUAGCAUGAAAAGCAAACUCUUAAUUUUUACAAUUGCCUCUUCAGAUUACAUUCAGUAGAUUUUACACCUUUGAAUCCAAGUACUGUUAAGUAGAUGUCUUUGAACAGAAUGUUUAAAGUAUUUGGUUUAAUACUGUUCCUUUAGAACUUUGAUGUAAAAAUUGAUUGGAAAUUGGUAAACCAUUGCUAAUCUGAACCCUCAAAAUUUUCAGCAAACUGUAGAAAUUUUGCUGUUGAUGUUGUUAGACCUAGCACCUGAGUCCAUGUUUGCUAUCCAUUAUUUUGAACAAUUCAACUAAAUUGUAUUUUAAAAAAUAAAAGGCUAAGACAUAUGCAAAUGCUUAAAUGUACAGUUAUUGGGUGCUCAGCAAGUUUUUCUAAAUAUAAAAAAAAGCUUACAUCAAGCGGUUACUUUAGUGGUGUGUGAGAUUAAUUACCUUGUAUCUGUUUUCACUUACAAUUUGUGUUGUGAAUUAUGUCCAGAUACAAUGAAACCAUUAAUUUUGCGGUGAAAGCAGAACUUUUGGGGAAAUCCAGUUUUCUAGGCUACCCUUAUCAGGGGAUGCCAGCGUUGGAGCCCAUAUCAUUAAAACCUGACCAGUUGUGGUGUGUUGACCUUGGCUGGACACCAGGUGCCUGCCAAGCCUCUCUGUCACUCCCCUUCCCAGCUGGACAGGGGAGAGAAAAUAAGGUGGAACACAACUUGUGGGAGUGACUCCAGUAAAGGGCAACAGAGCUGGUGAAGCUUUGAGAAAGUAAGCUUGAGGAUCAGCUGAGGGAGCUGGGCUUGUUUAGGCUGCAGAAAAGGAGGCUCAGGGGUGACCUGACCACUGAGUGCCUGAAAGGAGUUUAUAGCUAGUUUGUAACCUAGUUGGAUGUAGGUUUCUCCCAGCCAACCACUGACAAAAUGAGAGGAAACAGCCAGGGGAGAUUGAGGUUGGACAUCAGGGAGAAUUUCUUCACUGAAAGGAGGGUUAAGCAUUGAAAUGGGCUGUCCAGGGAAGUGGUGGAGUCACCAUCCUUGGAAGUGUUCAAGAAGCAGCCAUACAUGACAGUGCUAUGGCUUUGUUGACAAGGUGGUGCUCAGCUGAAUGUUGGACUUCUUGAUCAUGGUGGUCUUUUCCAACUUAAAUGAUGGUCAUUAAUGUGUAUUCAGCUUUCCUUAGUCAAGCCAAGGAGAGGUUUGAUUUGCGCUAUUGGUCAACUGAAUCUGAAUGGAUCACAGUUUGAAUACUGCGAGUUAGAAUAUUAACAGCCUGAGAUUUCUCUUCACAAGAACAGAAUCUGGAAUCUGUGCAUUCAGAAUAACAGAGAGCCACUCCAGACACAUAACCUGCCUGUUCUCCAAGGGACAUGCAGUCAAAGUGGUGUAACAAAUCAGAAAGCUCCAGCUGAACCCAGGGGUGGAAGUGUGCUGCUUGAAUUCACCUUAUCGCAGUAAUCACGUUGUUCUAUUUGCUUCUGAGUCAAUGCAGUCAUGCAGCUGUCAGUUUUCAAAGCCAUCAGCAGUUCCAUGUAAAAGUGGUGGAAACUUCUGGCUUUCCAUUUCUGUUUUUCAGAGAAAUGCCAAAGUCAGAAGCUGGGUAUUUAUUACAAAAUCUUGCCUUAUUGUUUUAAAUGCUGAAACAUUUGUUUCAUUGUCUUGUGCUCUAUUUCUGCCCUGAAUGCCUUUAAGCAGUGAGAGUUUUUUCUUUUUUUUGAAUACUGAUUGCUUUGCAAGCCCAAAGAUAAAACAAAAGUGCAGUUACAUUUUAUGAAUUGCAUCCAAGAUACUGAGUAUGUGAAUGUUUCUAAAAGAGAAUUCCAUAUAAAGAUUUAACAAUAACUUGUCAGUUUAGUGACUGGAGACUAAUUUUCCUUUUAUAUACAGCCAUUUCACUGUAGUGAAGUCUAAUAUAUAUCUAAUACACAAUUCUAACCACUUCUGUCUUUUUGUACUAGACGACAUGUCCAUAUUCAUUAACUUUCUUUGUGUAGCAAUGCAAACAAAAAUUCAAUUGCCCCAUUUUAGAUGCUUCUGAAGCAUCUAAAAUUCCCUUGAUUUAGGCUUAUCUAUUUCUUAAAUACUAUUGUCUGUGCUGAAUAUGCAAGCUGAGUUGGAAAAUAUGUAGGAUUAAGCCAAAUUUCUUUCUGUAAAUAAAUAGCUUCAUAUUCUUGCUCUUCAUAUUCUUGCCCUGCAGAUAUUUUUUCAGAAUGUAGUUAUAUAUUAUGCUAUAUUGUGGGAGAAAAAGCAUGAAAUAGAAAUAAAGAAGUUCAGUCUUA